AUGAAUGAGGGCGUGGAGGGAGCCAUCCUAUUGACCUGUGAUCUUUGCUUCUUUGCAGAUAUCUCCGUGAGCCUGCUGACCCUCGUGGUCACUGCCUGUGGCCUCGCUCUCUUUGGUGUGUCUCUCUUCGUGUCUUGGAAGCUCUGCUGGGUUCCAUGGCGAGAACGCGGUCUGCUCUCUGGUAGCAAAGACAACAACCAGGAGCCUCUUAACUAUACGGACACCGAGACCAACGAGCAAGAGAACAGCGAGGACUUCCUAGACCCUCCCACGCCCUGCCCCGACUCCUCCAUGAAGAUCAGCCACACCUCCCCUGACAUUCCCCUCUCAACCCAGCCAGGGCUCCAGGAGAACUGUGCUCAUGGCAUCCGAGUCCAGCGCCAAGUCACAGAGCCGACCUCAUCUGCUCGGCAUAAUUCAAUCCGAAGACAACUCAACUUGUCAAACCCAGACUUCAACAUCCAGCAGCUUCAAAAGCAGGAACAGCUGACUGGCAUUGGUCGAAUCAAGCCGGAGUUGUAUAAGCAGAGGUCAGUGGAUAACGAGGAUGGGAGGAGAAGCAACAGCAAAGCCUGCGGGAAGCUCAACUUCAUCUUAAAAUACGACUGUGACUUGGAGCAGCUCAUCGUGAAGAUUCACAAAGCUGUCAACUUGCCAGCCAAGGACUUCUCGGGGACCUCAGAUCCUUAUGUCAAAAUCUAUUUGCUUCCCGAUCGUAAAACCAAACACCAGACUAAAGUUCACCGAAAGACCCUGAACCCCGUGUUUGAUGAAGUGUUUUUAUUCCCCGUUCCCUACAAUGACCUUGCUGUGCGGAAGCUCCACUUCUCCGUGUAUGACUUUGACAGGUUCUCGCGCCAUGACUUAAUUGGCCAAGUGGUGGUGGAUCACUUCUUAGACUUGGCUGACUUCCCCAGGGAGUGCAUCCUUUGGAAGGACAUCGAAUAUGUCACCAAUGACAAUGUGGAUCUCGGAGAGCUGAUGUUUUCCCUCUGCUAUCUUCCCACGGCGGGCAGGCUGACUAUUACCGUUAUAAAAGCAAGGAAUUUGAAGGCAAUGGACAUAACUGGAGCAUCAGAUCCCUACGUGAAAGUCUCACUGAUGUGUGAUGGCAGACGGCUGAAGAAGAGGAAAACAUCCACCAAGAGAAACACGCUGAAUCCUGUUUACAAUGAAGCCAUAGUCUUUGACGUCCCUCCUGAGAACAUUGACCAAAUCCAUCUGUCCAUAGCUGUCAUGGACUACGACCGUGUAGGUCACAAUGAGAUCAUCGGCGUGUGUCAAGUAGGCAACGAGGCUGAGAGGCUGGGCAGAGACCAUUGGAGUGAAAUGCUGUCGUAUCCUCGCAAGCCCAUCGCACACUGGCAUUCUUUGAUGGAGAAACGAUGACCAUGGGGUAAGAAGACUGCUCGCGCCAAGGACACAGGAGGACAACCAUCUUACAAAGACCUAAGUCACUUUUCCCAUCCAACAACACCCGGACGACUGCAGUGACCAAACCCUCAGCUGUGACCGCAGCAAUAACGGACUCUUUCCAGAGUUUGGUGAACGUGGACCGUCCCGCCUCCCUUGGGGGAGUUGCCCAAGGUGGUGUGCCGCAAGGAGAAGCCUCUGUCUCGUGACCAAGGACCACGUUUGGACUACGGAAGAAAAACCAACAGAUAGAAGGAGAGCACCACGAUUCUUAGUGGUGGACUGAUAGGAGACCCUGGGAGGGAGGGGACACAGCACCUGCUGGGGCAACAGCUGUUUGCUCUUUGCCAGAAUGCCCUGGAAGGACAGAAUAUCUAAACAUCCAGGUGCUAAGUAGGCAGUAGAUCAAAAUCCACACUGGACUACCUUUGAGCUAAUGACUGUUUCUAGAAAAUAAUUUGACCGCCCAAAGUACUCCUGCUUUCUAAGGAAUGCCCCCAAGAGAGUACUAACACAGGCAGGCUGUUCCCCUGUGUCUAGAGGAAGCUCCCAGCAAACUCACUGCCCCCACCCAUGUGCACAGCCGAAAGCACUAACUGAUCGCCUCCCCCUUUUCCACUCAAGGAGCCCACGGAGUCAGACUCCCCAGCGCCGUGUUCCAGGUAGCCAACAGCUACUUCUUUUUAGCUGGUGUUGGCAUUAGAGGGAAAGUCAUUUCUCAUUCCUGUUAAAAGAGUGCUGCCUCUCAGUGGCACAAGCAUUCAGGAGUGUCCUUUCCCAUGUACCUUCGACCACUGAGGGAGCAGCCUCAGAAUUCGGCCCCUCAUUGUGUGGGACAAGGUCACAGAGUGUGAGCGCGAGCAUCCCCUGAGCGGAGUCACAGCCUUUGGCCUGAGUGCCUUGGGGGUGUUCCCAUAUGCAACAGCCCCGAGGCAUUGAUAGCCUUGGGCUGCACGGGCAGAGGUGUCCUUUUUACUUCUAGACACAUGCAGACCCUUGCACAGCACUUGGGGAAUGGAAAUACCUACAAGAGUGAAGGUCAAGGGCUCUCCCCAGGUAUCUCAUCCAUGACUCAGCCUGCUUCAUGGCCAUGGCCUCCAGCCCACUGCCAGCCACGCUCCUCGUCGCCAUUGCUUCAGCCUCCAUCCGAAUGAAACCAAAGGCCUCGGCAUACCUUGUGGGGAGGAGGGCUGUCACCUGUGGUCCCUCUCUCCCAUUAGGGGUACAAGGCACCCCAAUCUACACAGUUGUACCACUUGUAUAACAAGCGGCAACAUAUCCCUCUCUGUUUGCUGUCUCCAAAGAAGGAUUCAAAGUUGGACACGGGUCCCAUUUCCUGGGCAGCUCAUUAUUUUAAUUUGAACUAACAUUUUGGUGUGGGGCUGACCAGGUAGAAACAUGUUUUCAGGAAGUUCUUGGUUGUCAUUGCUGCCUAGCUUUGCCUGGCUUAAGAACCCCUACCCCUAUCUGAUGUCUGAUCUAAAAAAGAUGAUACCUUUGGUUGUGUGAGGGCAGUGCUGUUAUACUCAAGUGUCAUGCAUCCCCCGCCCUGCCUAUUACACAUCUUCUCUGAUUAGCUUCAACCAUGGCGAUCCAAAGGGACUCCAGGGUCCUACCAAUGGCUGAUGACGUAAAUGAGUAGUUACCUUUCUUUGCUCAGAUGUCUCCUCACCCUCCCCACUCACACAUCCAUCACCACAUCAAUGGGUAGAACCAAAGCAUGAAGGGCUAGUGCUGACAGGACAGUCAGUGGAAAAAUUGUCUCUAGAGCCAGGCAGAUGAGCCCAGAAGGAUGGUCCCAGAGAAGCCAAACCGACCCCAGUCGAUAACGGGCAGCCACCCCCGAUAAACCGUGACAUAUUCUUGGCAAUGGAAGGCAGGCAAGAGAUCCUGGGGCAGCUGUGCCUAUUUUUCCCCACCCCAGGAUCAUCCUGCCCAGGAAGCUAGCAGGCCUGGGGUUCUAACCAAUUGUGUAUGCUACUGGCUAAGAGGCCUGUCUCCAUGGCAGGCAGGCGACUCGUCAGUCUAGCUGUGGCCACAGGCUGGUUAUAAAUUGAACUCCCUGAGCCCAUCUGCAACUCUGACUCUUGUAUUCUGUUUGGUUUCCCUUUAGUUUCCUAGUAAAUGUUCCUUUGGAAAAAGUC